UGGCCUCCGCGUCGACGCCACCGGAGCCCCAAUGGCCGACCUCAGGUCGGAGUAUCUCCAGGUCCUGCACAGCCGCCGCCGCGAUCUCCAAGUGCCUCUGUCCGUGGAGCAAGGGAGCCCGGUGAAGGAGCCGCUGUACCAGGGCGACGGGAAGCCUCUGGUGCCCAGCGAGGCCAUGGAGUCCUGCCCGAGGAAGGAGGUGGAGAACUUCGCGGAGAAGCUGGUCGAGGAGAAUUUCUACCUCAUCACCGAGUCAGGUGAGCAGGGACGUGUGCCUGUACUUCUGCUGAGACUUAAUGACACUGCUCCUAAACGAAAGCCAGUUGUUGUACUACUGCACAGCUCUUACAAAUGCAAGGAAUGGUUGCGUCCACUGCUUGAGGCAUAUGCCUCCAGGGGCUAUAUUUCUGUUGCCAUCGAUUCGCGUUAUCAUGGUGAAAGGGCCAGCAACAAGACUACUUACAUAGAUGCACUGAAAUUAUCUUGGAAGAAUGGGGAUACAAUGCCGUUUAUUUUUGACACGGUGUGGGACUUGAUAAAGCUUGGAGAUCAUCUCAGUGCAAGGGAGGAUGUUGAUCCCUCUAGGAUUGGGAUCACUGGUGAAUCACUUGGAGGAAUGCAUGCAUGGUUUUCUGCUUUUGUGGAUACCCGGUACAGUGUUGUUGUUCCAAUAAUUGGUGUUCAGGCAUUUCGAUGGGCAAUAGAUAAUGACAUGUGGCAAGCUAGAGCUAAUAGCAUUAAGCCUUUAUUUGAAGAAGCAAGAGUUGAUUUAGGGAAGAGCGAAAUAGAUGCAGAGGUUGUGGAAAAGGUUUGGGACAAGAUAGCACCUGGUAUGGCUUCACGGUUUGAUGCUCUCUACUCGGUUCCUCUGAUAGCGCCACGUCCGCUCCUCCUCCUGAAUGGUGCUGAAGACCCUCGCUGCCCAGUCCCUGGUUUACAAGAAGCUGUGUCAAGAGCUGCUAAUGCUUAUGAAGAAGUUGGCGCUGCAGAAAAGUUUAUGUUCAUCGCGGAGCCGGGAGUUGGCCACAGAAUGACUGUAAACAUGGUGAAGGAAGCAAGCGAUUGGUUCGAUCGCUUCCUGUAGCGGGGUUUUUUUUUUUUUG